CUUUCCUUUUACCCACGGCACACUGACACCUGCCUGAGCUGGAGUAAGAGAAUGCUGCUGCUGCUGCUGCUGCUGCUGGUGUAGAUGGUGUUGGUGGCGGUGGGGGUAUCUCCAUCUCUCUGCCUCUGCAGGUUGGUGACUGACUGGUGAUGACUCAGUGAACGGCAUCAACAAACAGACGCCGAGACCCUCCCUGAGGCUCCAGUUUCCCCGCCAUCUGCAUCUGUAGGAGAGGAAGUGGAGACAGAGAGAGCUGCCUCUGCUGCCGGACCGAUGGAGAAGAAGCGAGGAUCUUCUCAUCAGUAUGGUUCACUGGAGCGCACUGAAUGGAGCAAAGACACCGGCGAACCAGAGGAGGACGUGGUUUCCAUGGCAGACUCCACCAUCACUGUGGACGACAUCGAGGGGGAACUCCUGAAGAUCGAGAGGAUCAGAGAUGUCCUGGUUCGGAGGGAGUCAGAGCUCAGAUAUAUGAUGGAUGACAUUCAGCUGUGCAAAGAAAUAACUCGCCUGAAGAAGGAGCUGCAAAAAUUAGUGUCCAUACCAGAUAAUGACAAGUCUAAUGAGGACCGGCAGAAGGAAGAAGAACUGCUGCAGCAAAUCCAGAAGCUGGUGGAGACAAGAGAUUACCUCGUAGAUGAUGUGGAGUUUGAAAGACUCAGGGAGAAAGAAGAAGAUAAAGAAAUGGCAGAUUUUCUCAAGACCAAAACUCCAAGAAAAACUGUGAAGACAGGUGUGUCCAGCAGACAGGUGCCGUCCAGGGCUCAACAGUCCUCCUCCCCCUUCACCAAGACUGGCCUGACUCUGCUGAAGGAGUGCUGCGGCUUCACCUGCUCCGUCAUGUAGACUCUAACGCAGCCUCGUAACAGGCUUUCUUUCUUUCUUUCUUUCUUUCUUGCUUUCUUUCUUUCCUUAAUAUUAUACAUAUUUAAAAGUUUCAGCCUUUCACUGAUUUGCUCGGCUCCAAACAACAGACGAAGGGUGAAAACUGGAGAAUUUAUUUUUAAAUACCAAGACAACAGCACAGUUCACCUCAUUAGUUCCGUCUCUCCUGCGAGCUUUUCUUAUCUCACACCUGCUGUCAUGUUCAGUGCCUGAACCUCCGCCACUGUUUUUACUGUUGCUUUUAGUAAUUCUUCUUCUCAUUUUUGUAGUGACUGUCACUGAUCACUGAGUCUUUAACCACACACCUACAGCCAGGUAUUUAUAGACCUUUAAAGAACAGAAUGAUCAUAGCAGUCAUCUCUGGUUCAUUAGUGUCUGCCACCAGGAUUGAGAUAGUCAGAGAUGACACUAAACUGCAGCAGCCUCAGUAGUGGCCACGCCUCUUCAUGUCUUUGACACACACACAGAAAAAAGGAUGUAUUUACCUGACGGAACAGAUGUCGUGGCGUCUCUUGUGAAAACACACCGACUGAUAUAUAAUAAACAUGAGGAAACCAAGGUGUGUGUUUGUAGCUAUAGAUUAGCUUCUCAUGAAUAAUUCAAUUCCCUUGCAUUCAUUUCCUCCUCUGUGGUGGUCCAUACACACGUUUCUGCACAAGAUAUGGAUCAACGCACCAACAACAACUACAGACACGGUUAUAUAUUCUGUUGUCAUGACAGUCAGCAUCACGAAGCACAUUUUACAGAGUCCUGAAGCUGAACUUUUUUAUUCCCAUCAUUUAUAUAUGUAUAUAUACAUAAAUAUAUGUAUAUAUAUAUAUAUACACAUAUGAGUAUAUAUAUACAUAUAUUUAUAUACAUAUAUGUAUAUAUAUGCAUAUAUGUAUAUACAGUAUAUAUAAAUAUAUAUACAUAUAUAUUUAUAUACACAUAUAUAUGUAAUUGUCUUUUUACCUACUCCUACCAUAUGUGCAUUAACUCCAUUAAUUUCCAACUAAUGAUGUAAAAUUGUGACAUGGAUGCUGAUCAUUUUUCUGAGGGUGUCUCAGCGCAGCCAAGACACAGGGCACAAGGAUGCGCUGGCUACUCAAACCAUGGAGCCGAACUCUGUGUUGCCAAGAAGAAUAGUCGCCAUGGCAACCGUAUAUAACCCUUAUUUACAAUGUGGAGGUUCAGGUGGAUAGAAAAAAAUAUAUAGCAUGAUGGGAGUCGUAUCACGUCAUGGUUUUAUUUAACAAGGGAUAGAGAGAAAAUAUAAAUAAAAAAUAUAAAUAAAUAAAGGUUGUUUGUAUUCUGAAGAGAUGCUGAUGCUGCAUUUUGACAAGUCAUCAAAUAUGUCUAACAACACGUGCAUUUCAGAAUGGUUUGUCAAAAUAUUUUAUUUACUGACACCACAUAUUUUGCUCCAGGUGAUAGUACACUGUUGCGUAGGAAAGAAAUACUUGUAGCUAUAAAUAUAUUUAUUUCAUACAUGUAGAACCAGGAACUAUCAGGCUACACAUAGAAUAUAAUGCAGGCUUACCAAACUUGUGUGGAAGAAUAUAUGUUAUCAUUAAAAAAAUUGUUUCCAAAUGUAAAAGGGACGGAAAAAAAGGUAAAAUACAAUAAAGUUUAACACAA